AUGAUAACGAGAAGAAUGCGAAUACCGGUGAUAGCACUGCUCUGUUUGCUGCAGCUCAGUGAAACUUUAGCAAAUCCGAAUUCGGACGUCGAUGGGCGAUCGGCAGCCAUAGUAGCGACAGAGGACGAUCGAGAGCUAAAAGGAAACGCAGCCGGCUAUGAUUUCCUUUCCAUCGAUCAGCUGUUUAUGAACAACCCACAGUACGCUAAGCUACUAAGCGACCUGCAAUCGCACUCGUUCGGCCGCAAUUGGCGACGGAAGCGAGACACCGAAAGCGAGGAGACUCCCGUAGAUGCUUCCCUAGCCGAAGAGCAGACAAGGCAAACAAACAGUACUUCUUCGGUAACCGGUCUUCCGGAAAUAACCGAAGUAACAAAGCAGCCGACAGGAAAUAAACAGGUUGAAGAAGACCACGAUCAUGUCGAACUGGAAGGACGAACAACUUCCGCUAAGGUGAGCAGCAGUCCCUCGUCGACUACCUCAUCCAGUGCGUCGUUCGGAUUUUCCGGCUCCACGGAAGCCAUCCAUCCACGAACGGAAGAACCGACAACCAGUGCGGCACCGAUCCGUAGCAGUACGCCACGGCGUCUUCUGCACAAAGGAAGCAGCAACAAGAACAAAAACAAGAACACCGGUAAGCAUGGAAGUCAAAAAUUGGACAACGGAAGCAGCAGCAGCAGCAGCAUCAGCAGUUUGACCGCUGCCAAUGUCAACAAGUUCACGGUGUCCAAUACGCCUCCGUCGGUGGCUUCGGUUUCGUCGGCGUCCUCUCCGGGCACCGUUACCAAUGCGUAUUCGACCAAUGCCGCCAGCAGCAGCAGCAAUAUGGCAGCCGCCGCCGCAUCGGUAGCAGGCAACAUGACAUCGCCACCGGGAAGCAGCAGCAACAAAGAUAAGGUAGGCUCGUUAUGA